AUGAUACAGAGGCUCGACGAGGACGAGCGAUCUGAGUUCAAUCAGCAUUGCUCUGUGUAUACUGAGAGGGGUUCGUGGGAGAAGGUCGAGGAAGACGAGUCUGAACUUCGUAGGAUACGUCGCUCCCAUUUAACCGGGACGACCUUUCCAGUGAAGCAGAGGUUGACGAAGUCUACUCGUAUCCGUCCCGUAGCGGAUAUGAGAGGGGCCAACCUCUACUCACCAGGAGUGUCUGCCGUUCAACCAACGGUGUUGAAGGCAGGGCAAGUUUUGAGAGGGGUGCUCCGAAGAGGAGUGCAGAUACGACAAUACGACCUCGAGAAGGCUUUCUAUUCUAUCGGUAUCGACGUCAUCGACGUGGCUACUGGUGAACAUACUCCAGUCUACCUAUCAGUCG